AUGAUUACGGUGUUUGAAGUAGCCGAACAAUCUCGUACAUCGUUACUGAUCAUGAAGGCUGAUAAUGGCAUUAGAUUGGGCUGUUUUUUGCCACAAGGAUUGAAAUAUAGUUCAAAAGUCUAUGGAUCUGGAGACAUUUUUGUCUUUAACUUUGCACCAGAGCUGAACUGUUUCAAGUGGAGUCGAAAGAACUCCAACUUUAUUACUGCUACAAAUACUGAAGUUAUGAUUGGAGCAGGUAAGGAAGGAGGAGCUGCUAUCUAUUUCACAAAAUUUAUGGAUAAUGGAUGGUCCGAUUUCUGUGAAACAUUCUCUUCUCCUCCUUUAGCUUUAAGAGAAGAUUUCCAUAUCUUAGAUUUGGAAAUUUGGGAUAUCUCGUAUAAGCAAACGAGUAUUGUCAAAAAGAAUGGUUAA